AUGAGUGUGACCAAGGAAGAGGUGGAGAGGUUCCUGGACAGGAAUCCAGAUUUCGCUGAAGUGUACUUUGACAAGAAGCUCAAACCCGGGACCAUCGCAGCCCUGAUGGGCCGACCGGAGUCGACCGUAGACUUUGAAACUUUCAAGGAAAUGAGCCAGGUGGAGGAAGGCGAGGUCCUGUGGGACCUCGUGCGAGACAUGCAGGAGAACGUCAACAUGGAGAAAGUGGUCUUCAAGAUCCUGAAGAGGAUCUGCAUCCUCAUCCAAGCUGACCGCUGCAGUCUCUUCAUGUACCGGCAGCGAAAUGGCAUCCCUGAACUCGCCACCAGGCUGUUCAAUGUCAGCAGCACCGCAGAGCUGAAUGACUGUCUGGUCCAGCCCGACUCAGAAAUCGUUUACCCCCUGGAUAUGGGGAUUGUGGGCCAUGUUGCUCAAACCAAGAAAAGCAUCAACGUCCAAGAUGUGUCUGAGAAUACCCACUUCAGCCCAUUUGUUGACAAGUUGACAGGCUACGCAACCAAGUGCAUCUUGGCAAUGCCCAUAAUGAACGGGAAAGAUGUGGUCGCCGUGAUCAUGGCAGUCAAUAAGACCUAUGGGCCUCACUUCACAUCUGAAGAGGAGGACAUUUUUAUAAAGUAUCUAAGCUUUGCUACAUUAAACCUGAAGAUUUACCACCUGAGUUACCUGCACAACUGUGAGACCCGUCGAGGACAGAUCCUGUUGUGGGCAGCCAACAAGGUGUUUGAGGAGCUUACAGACAUCGAACGCCAGUUUCACAAGGCCUUGUACACCGUACGCGCAUACCUGAACUGUGACAGGUACUCCGUGGGUCUUCUGGACAUGACCAAGGAGAAGGAAUUUUAUGACGUCUGGCCUGUGCUUCUGGGGGAGCAGCCUCCUUACACAGGCCCUGUCACUCCAGAUGGAAGGGAGAUUAUCUUCUACAAAGUUAUUGACUAUAUUUUACAUGGAAAAGAAGACAUCAAAGUAAUCCCAAACCCAACUCCAGAUCACUGGGCCUUAUCCAGUGGACUGCCCACAUAUGUUGCUGAAACUGGCUUUAUCUGCAAUCUCAUUAAUGCACCGGCAGAGGAGAUGUUUAAGUUUCAGGCAGAGCCCCUGGAUGACAGCGGCUGGACCAUCAAGAAUGUGCUCUCCAUGCCCAUUGUAAACAAAAAGGAGGAGAUUGUAGGCGUGGCAACAUUCUACAACAGGAAGGAUGGCAAGCCAUUUGAUGACCUGGAUGAACAACUCAUGGAAUCUCUGACCCAAUUCCUCGGCUGGUCGGCACUGAACACGGACACUUAUGAUAAAAUGAACAAGCUGGAGAACAGGAAAGACAUCGCCCAGGACAUGGUUUUGUACCACAUAAAAUGUCGCAAUGAUGAGAUCCAGGACAUCCUGAAAACACAGGAAUAUUUUGGGAAAGAGCCUGGAGAAUGUGAGGAGGAGGAACUUUCACAAAUCCUGAAAAAAGAACUACCUGGGCCCACGAAGUUUGAGAUCUAUGAGUUCCAUUUCUCAGACUUUGACUGCACUGAGCUGGACCUGGUGCGGUGUGGCAUUCAGAUGUAUUAUGAGGUCGGAGUGGUCAAGAAGUUCCAGAUCCCACAGCAGGUUUUGGUCCGAUUCAUGUACUCAGUCAGUAAAGGGUACAGGAAGAUCACCUACCACAACUGGCGCCAUGGUUUCAAUGUUGGACAAACCAUGUUCACAUUAUUAACGACUGGCAGGUUGAAGCGAUAUUACACUGAUCUGGAAGUCAUGGCAAUGAUCACUGCUGGCUUUCUGCAUGACAUUGACCACAGAGGCACCAAUAACCUCUACCAGGUGAAAUCUCAGAACCCCCUUGCGAAGCUUCAUGGGUCCUCCAUCCUUGAAAGGCACCACUUAGAAUUUGGCAAGUUUUUGCUGUCUGAUGAGUCAUUAAAUAUUUACCAAAACCUCAACAGAAGGCAAACAGAUCAUGUGUUUCACCUUAUGGAUAUCGCCAUAAUCUCAACCGACCUGGCCCUGUACUUCAAAAAGAGGACGAUGUUCCAGAAAAUAGUGGACCUGUCUGAGACCUAUGAGGACAAGCAGAAGUGGGUGGAAUUCAUGUCACUGGAGACAACAAGGAAGGAGAUUGUGAUGGCAAUGAUGAUGACCGCUUGUGACCUGUCAGCCAUCACCAAACCCUGGGAGGUACAGAGCAAGGUGGCGCUGUCUGUGGCUGCAGAGUUCUGGGAACAAGGUGACCUGGAGAGAACGGUGCUGCAGCAGCAACCCAUUCCCAUGAUGGACAGGAACAAAGCAGCAGAACUUCCCAAGCUCCAGUGCGGUUUCAUUGACUUUGUCUGCACUUUUGUCUACAAGGAGUUCUCUCGGUUCCACCCUGAAAUCCAGCCUAUGCUGGAAGGUAUUCUGAACAACAAGAAGGAGUGGAAAGCCAGGCAGGAUGAGUACGAGGCCAAGCUGAAGGCCAUCGAGGAUGAGAAGGCUGCAAAGGCUUCCAUGGCUUCUAGACAAGGUGCCAAUGGGCCCAGUGGAGGCUCAACAUCCAAGACGUGUGCGAUUAUCUAG